AUGAAUUGUCCUUCCUCCACUACUAAAGGGAAUUCCGUUGAGGAGGAUUUAGAUGAGAAAGGAUAUCCGACUAAUAAAUGCGACGCCGUCAAUCGCCAUACCCAAACGCAGGACGACAAUUCUGAACUUUCCCAGAAAACCGAUGGAAUUGGAAUUGUAAAAGGUGGAUACCACUGGAAUUCUGAUUACCAAUCGAAAUCAUCGCAGCUCCCCAAACCCGAGCCACCGCCUGGGAUGAUGAUCCAGCGGUCGCGAUCCUCGCCGGAGACGAUUGACGCUCCGGCGGCGGCGAUCGGGAAGUUCCUCCGCCAGAAGAGCAGCAGCUUCUCGGCAGCGAUUACAAAGCGCCUAUCCUCCCUGAAAAGGCAAGACGAGGAUGUGGUGGUGAAGGAGUUCGAUCUGGUGGGCCUCAAGGUGGUGAAGGCGCCCAAGGAGGAAAUCAAGGGGAGAGUGAGCUUCUUCUCCCGGUCCAAUUGCAGGGACAGCGGCGCCGUCCGGUCCUUCCUGCGCCACAGAAAUUUGAAUUUCGUUGAGAUUAACGUUGACGUGUACCCCAGCCGGGAGGGGGAGCUGAGGGAGAGGACCGGCGGCGUCUCGGUGCCACAGAUAUUCUUCAACGAGAAACUAAUCGGAGGACUGGUGGCGUUGAACUCGCUGCGCAACGCCGGGAUGCUGGAGGCGAAGAUGGAGGAGAUUUUGAGGAGGAGUUGCGGGGAGGACGCGCCGGCACCGCCGGUGUACGGGUUGGACGAGGCGGGAGAUGAGGGGGCGGAGUUGGACGAGGCCGCGGAGAUGGUGAGGGUUGUGAGGCAGAGGGUUCCGAUUCAGGAUCGGAUUGUGAAGAUGAAGUUAUUGAAGAACUGCUUCUCCGGCGCCGACCUGGUGGAGGUUCUCAUACACCAUUUAGACUGCGGACGUCGGAAGCUUGUCACCAAUGGCUUUGAGUCGUUACAAAUCUUCAUGGAUGAGAUUUGCGUGGAAAACAGAAGACCGUUCAAAAGCAAUUCACCAAAUUAG